AUGGCCAUCACCACUACAACAUUACCCCUGGGAAAGGCGAUCCCCGAAAGGCCUCACGCGAUAUCAGUGCAAAUACCGACAUGGAGUGAUAUGUGUGGAAUGGGGAGAGGAGACUCCCAGGUCAUAAAAGCUUUGCGAAAUGGAUACCCACGAACUUUUGUUCAUAACUCCAUUCAAAAGCUAUCUCGCGCAUGCCAGAAUCGGUUUCUUUCUUCCUCGGCAAAGAUACUACUAUUUCCCGAUCAAAGAAGCGCCCAAUCAUGCAAGAGCUAUAUGAUUUCAUCCGCUAUCCACAAAGAUGAAGCCGUGUCGUCAAAGUCGAUAUCAAUCUUCGCGCUAGAGGCCAGUGAAUCUCAACCAACAGACCUACCUGCUGGCCAAAAACAACCUCCUGUCGGGCCAACAACACUCUGGGCCGUGGCGUAUCCAGAAGAAUCAGCCAAAAUCGGAGCUCUGUUCUGGAGACUCACGGGAACCGGAAUCUCGUCUCGUCUUGCCGAGCAUUGUCUUCGAGACAUUGACUCGAUGCAACGAGUCGAACGGCCCGUGAAACGAUUCUACUCUGCAAUAACCACCGUUCACCCCGUCUACCAGACAAUAUGCACUCGUAUCGCAUGCCUAAUGGAACGAGCCCCGACUGGAAGCCCUCGAAGUCUGGCUGUGAAUGCUUCAGACGUCUUUCUCUAUCCAUCCGGCAUGUCAGCGAUUUACCACGUGCACCAAAUGCUUCUGAAAUGGAGGAACCUCGAGAGCGUGGUCGUUGGGUUUCCAUACGAAGUUACCGUCAAGAUGAUGGAGACAUACGGCCCGUCAUUCAAAUUUUACAGCUUAGGUACCGAUGAGCAGAUUGACGAGUUUGAGAUAUACAUCGACACUAAGGUGAGAGCUGGCUCAAUGAUUCAGGCUGUCUGGUGUGAAUGUCCUUCAAAUCCUUUACUAUACACGGUCGACCUGGAAAGAAUUCGAAGGCUCGCAAACAAGCAUGGCUUUAUUGUUGUCGUCGAUGAGACCAUCGGGAGCUUUGCCAAUGUUGAUGUCUUGGGCGUGGCAGAUAUCGUGGUCACUUCGUUGAGCAAGUCGUUCAAUGGGUAUGCGGAUUUGUUAUCCGGGAGCGUCACCUUGAACCCCAACUCUGGCUACUACGGUGCCCUCACGACCUGGCUAGUUGAAGGCUACACCAACAAUCUCUACAUCGACGACGCAAUUCAACUCGAGCGCAACAGCCGCAACUUUCUCGAACGCGCAGCCCACAUGAACGCUACCGCCGAAUGCAUCGUUGACUACUUAGCCCCGUUCGCCUCGGAUCCAUCCAGCGUCGUCAGCGCGGUUCAUUACCCGAAAACAUGCGAGUCCGCGUCGCGCUACAAAUCUUGUAUGCGCCAGGCAACCGACGAGUUCACGCCAGGUUAUGGGUGUCUCUUUACAGUCGAUUUUGAUACGAUUGACGCAUCGAGGGCUUUUUUCGACAGUCUAGAUGUACGGAAGGGUCCAUCGCUGGGUGCCAAUAUCACAUUAGCACAGCCAUAUGUCCAGAUGGUCCUACAGAAAGAAAAAAAAUGGGCGGCUAGUCAUGGGUUGAGGGAGACCAUUGUGAGGGUUUCGGUUGGACUGGAGGAUAAGGAU